AUGGCCAUGAUUGCACUUGGCGCGACCUGGGCCAAAUGGUCCGCGCCCCUGCUUGGGAUCAAGUGCAAACUUCCUCUCAAAAUCGAAAUCCAAAUCGAAAACCAUUUUGAGGCCAAAAUCUACGCAACGGGAUCUGCAAUCCGCGGCAAGGUCCUCAUCACUGCUACCCGCGAUAUUGAUUACGACAAGCUCGAGAUCAAUUUACUUGGCACUUCCACUACUCGAACAAGUGGCAUACUCAAUGACACCCCCCCUUCUAAGUUUACAUUCUUCCAACUGUCCAUGCCUAUCGCUCCCGAGUGUCUCCCAGAGGACAAGCGACUCGGUGCCAAGCAGACUUUCAAAAUUCCUUUCUUUUUCGUUGUGCCCCAGCAGCGCCCCCUGCAGGCAUGCAUUCACGAAACCCAUCUCGAGCUUCCCCCGACAAUAGGGAAUUGGGAGAAAUCAGAUCAAUCACCCGAAACCGCGAAAAUCGAGUACUCCAUUCGAGUCCGAGCCACUCCCGCUCGAAAAGACAUUGAAUUGCUGAAGCCAGUCGAGUUCCACCGCUACAUCAAGUUGCUUCCUUCCAAUUUCCAAGAGGAUGCGCUUUGCACCACAGAUCCCCCCCAAGAAAUCAAACUGGGCCGGUCCUACGCGAAGUCAGACUCGCUGACAAUCGCUGGCAUCCGGCCAACCCUGGUUUAUCUCUCGUAUGACAGCGGUAAGAUCUCCAAUCCGAUGAUCACUGCGCAUCUCGAGUUCGUCACCAAGGCCGAGCCGGCCACUCUCUUUCCUGUCAUCCAGGCAAAGUCGGCCGCGGUCCAGACGACUACCAGCUAUGCCCAACGCCACCUUGCACCCAAAAUUGGCGAGAAUGGUCAACCACCCAAGCUUCCUCACGUAGUGCUUUGCACCAAGUCGAAGAAGGCCACUGCCGAGUUGUCACAGUCUACCUGGCAAAAGGCGGAGACCCCCACCGGCUCGGACACCACAAAGUAUCUAUCUACUCUUACUCUCUCCCUCGACAUGCUGAAUGAUGACAAGACAACGUUCCUGCCUACUUUCAACGCUUGUUUGAUCUCCCGGGCCUACGUUCUUCGUGUGGGACUGGCCGCGGAAUCCGGUUCUGGGUCGAACAUUGAGCUUCCAUUCCAAGUUAUUGUCCGGGAUUUGACAAGCCCUACGCUGCCAAGAUAUACAUUGACUAGCCGUGACCAGACCGAGGCGACGGCUGCCCUGCCCCCGUACAGACAGUCAAACUCCGGCUAA